AUGCUGCCUUACCUGUUCCCUGAGCUGUCCACCUUUGCUACAGUCGCCGAUCUCAUCACCCACCUUCGCACUAGUGACGCUCGCCUGCGUGCCGCCCUUCCCACCGAGUUCUGCGCUAAGAACCCCCCUCCACUGUACUGGACGCUCCAUUUCAUAGUCACCCAUCUCCCUGACACCCUCAGCUCAGUCCGAGACUACUUCCUUGCCCGCUGUCCCACUGAGCUCACAGUCGCCCUCCUAGAGGAGAAGCUGCUAGCAGCCGAGAAGAGCAUUGUAGCUGUAGGUGCUGCUCGUGGCGCUCCUCGCACCCCCAUCUUUGAGGGGUGUUCUCCCUCUCCCCUCGCUCCCUCCUACGCUACUGCUGCUGCUGUUGACCUCCUUGGUGCUGAGUCUGCUGGCGCUGCUUCUGCUCCUGGUGGGAGGCGCCGCACCGGCAAGGGCAAGGGGGGCAAGGGUGGCGGGGGUGGCGCUGGGGGGGGAGGUGGUGGGGGAGGUGGGGGAGGAGGCGGUGCUGGAGGGAGCGGUGGCGGGAGUGCUGGUGGGAGUGGAGGCAGCGGUGGGGGCGGGGGCGGCGGCGGGAGUGGUGGCAGCGGUGGCGGCGGUGGCAGCGGCAGUGGCAGUGGUGGCGGUGGCGGCGGCGGCGGUGGCGGUCGGAGCGGCGGUAGUGGCGGCGGUGGUGGUCGGGGUGUAGGCCCCAGCUCGGGCCAGACCUCUCAGCAGCAGCAGCGUCCUCAGACGACCCAGCAGCUCCGUGAGUGGCUUGCUCAGCGUGGGACGUCGGGAGGCAGUGGUCGCUGUUCCUAUGUCAUUCGCACAGGUGAACGCAAGGGGCAGAAGUGUGGGAGGUUCCACACCCAGUACCGCUGCUUCUCCCGCCUUGACGACGCUUGGCGUGAGGAGAUGGGCGAGGAGGUUGAGCGCCCCCGCUGGGCUGAUCUGAUGAGGGCUGGUGUUGAUAUCUUUGCUCUUGAUUAUGAUGCUAUUAUUGCUACCAUGUAUGCAUUGACUGUUAGUGCUGAGGGGGACUGUUACUUGUGUGUGCCGCCUGACCCAGGUAUAGAGCCCACUGCCCUAGGUACCAGCGAGUCUGCUCUCUCAGGUACUGUGCCUUCCGAGGCUACUCCCUUCGGUACACCCCCUCCUGCUAGCGAGUCUGCGCUCUCCGGUACUGCGCCCGCUGAGGCCUUGCACACCUUCACGCUUGACUCAGGUGCUUCCCGCUGCUUCUUUCGUGACAGUACUGAGCUCACUCCCCUCCCUGCACCAGUUCCAGUCUCCCUGGCUGACCCCUCCGGGGGUCCAGUUCUUGCACGGUCUACCACUGUGCUUCCCUGUCCGGCGGUUCCGUCUGGCUCGUUGUCGGGUUUCCACCUCCCCUCGUUCUCUACGAACUUGGUGAGCAACGCUGUUAUCCAGGAUCACUGGGUUGACACCUUCACCCCUGGAGGACAGCGUGUGGCGAUCCUCACGUGCUCCAGGACUGGCCGUCACCUGGCUACGUUCACUCGUCAGCCGGGGUCGAGUCUCUACACACUGACCACUGUGUCUCCUCAGGUCGCUGCUGUUGGUCAGGUGUCUGCGUCAGGUCUAGUAGCCCACCCCUGUGAGUGUCGCUCCCUGUCGCACCAGACCCUUCUCUGGCACCACCGCCUGGGUCACCCCUCCUUGCCGCGCCUUCGUGGCAUGCACCGUCGUCACCUUGUGUCCGGUCUUCCCCGGUCUCUCCCUCCCCUCCCUGCCUCGCCUGCGCCGCCUUGCCUUCCUUGCGUCGAGGGACGGCAGCGCGCCGCUCCUCACUCCUCCUCGUUUCCCCCGACCGAGGCUCCUCUGCAGACCCUCCACCUGGACGUGUGGGGCCCAGCCCACGUCCGUGGACAGGGCGGUGAGCGGUACUUUCUGCUGGUUGUCGACGACUACUCGUGUUACACCACGGUCUUCCCCUUGCGCACCAAGGGUGAGGUCCCUGCUGUUCUGAUCCCUUGGAUCCGCACAGUUCGUCUCCAGCUCCGCCGCCGGUUCAGGACAGAGCUUCCUGUUCUGCGUCUGCACUCUGACAGAGGUGGUGAGUUCUCCUCUGACCUCUUGAGGGCCUUCUGUCAGGCGGAGGGCAUCGAGCAGUCCUUCACGCUUCCGGGCUCCCCGCAGCAGAAUGGGGUUGCAGAGCGCCGCAUUGGCCUGGUCAUGGAGGUCGCUCGUACCUCCUUGGUUCAUGCGGCGGCUCCCCAUUUUCUGUGGCCGUUUGCUGUCCGGUACGCUGCGCAUCAGCUCAACCUCUGGCCCCGUGUCUCCUUGCCGGAGACCUCGCCCACGCUGCGUUGGACGGGGGAGGUCGGCGAUGCGUCGCGCUUCCGGGUGUGGGGUUCUCGUGCCCUUGUCCGCGAUACUUCCGCGGACAAGCUCUCCUCCCGCACCAUUCCCUGUGUCUUCCUUGGCUUUGUCCCUGACGCGCCAGGCUGGCAGUUUUACCACCCCACCUCGCGCCGGGUCUUCGCCUCUCAGGACGUCACCUUUGACGAGUCGCAUAAUUUUGGCAAGGAUUCAGCCAUGGCGUCCCUCGCGCGCAUCCUCUCAGCAGUAGUGUUCGCGGUGCUGACGAUGGUGCAGGCGUUGGGGUUGCUCUUCAUGAUGUACUGGAAGCAGGAGCUCGCCUUCAGGGCUCCGCCCGUCACUGAAACCCACGGCAUUCUCGCCGAAUUCAAGCGCGCGUGCCUCGAACCCGAGAGCGACUGCCCGGUUCUCGGCAAGGGGUUCUUCUUUGGCCUCGCCACGGCGCCUGCACACGUGGAGGACCAGCUCGAUGACGCGUGGCUGCGAUUCGCUCGGCGCGGAAGCAACGAGAAGCCCGACCGAGGCCCUGUUCGGGCGUGGCACAACGUGCCCAAGGCCGACGAGCGGCUUCGGUUCUGGACCGAGCCUGAGGCGGAGGUGGACCUGGCGGCGCAAGCAGGCGUGGAGGCUUUCCGCAUGGGCGUUGACUGGGGGAGGGUUGUUCUGCGCGAGCCACAGGGGGGAAAGAUGGAGAUCGACCACACAGCAGUGGCGCGCUACAAGGAGAUAAUGGCGCUGGUGCGGGCCAGGGGCAUGCGUGUGAUGCUGACGCUCUUCCACCACUCGCUGCCCUCCUGGGCCGAGCCCAUUGGCGGCUGGACCAACGCAUCUCUCAUCAACCACUUCGACUCCUGGACCCUGCUGGCAGUGCGGGAGUUUGGCCCCCUCGUAGACUACUGGGUGACGUUCAACGAGCCGCACCUGUUUGUCAUCCUCACCUACUGCAUGGGCGUGUGGCCGCCCGGCAAGGCGCCCUCACUGCUGCAGUCGGCGCUCUGCAUGUCGCCCGCGGGGCAGUACAGCCAGGCCAUGCACCACAUUGGGGAGGCUCACAUUGCUGCCUUCAAGACGAUUAAGAAAGGGAGCUCAGCCCCAGUGGGCAUCGCAGCCAACACGGCAUUUAUGACGCCCUUCAGCGCGCUGGACGUCAUUGUGCCGCUCUACAUCGACUGGAUGACGCUCUUCCCCUGGGUCGACCACAUUCAGCACCACCUCGACUUCUGCGGCCUUAACUACUACGGCCAGGAGUUCAUGUCGACAGCAGGCUUACAGAGUGUGGAGGAGGAGGAAUUCUCCGAGGCAGGCAGGGCAGUCUACCCCGAUGGCUUUUACCGCAUCCUCAUGGCCUUCCACCGCCGCUACUCGCCGCACCACCCCCACCUGCGCUUCAUUGUCACUGAGAACGGCUUUGCUGACACUGAGGACAACAUCCGCCGCCCGUAUCUCAUCGAGCACCUGCUGGCGCUCAAUGCGGCCAUCAAGGAGGGCAUGCCCAUAGACGCAUAUUUCCACUGGACCAUCAGCGACAACUGGGAGUGGGCGGACGGCUAUUGCCCCAAGUUUGGUCUGGCAGGCGUUGACAGGGCGUCCGCCAACCUCACGCGCGUGCUGCGCCCCUCCUACGGGCUCUUCAAGGAGAUCGUGGAGACACGGCGGGUGACGGCGCAGCAGCGCAAGGAGGAGUGGGGGCAGCUGCAGCAGCGGGCGCAGCGGGGCGAGCAGCGCUCCUACUGCCGUGCUGUGGAGUCCAGUGGCCGCAUGGGCGCUGAUUCCCUUGACUCACCCACAACACGAGCCAUAGCCACCAAGGACUGGCGCUAUGGCGAGUACAGGCGCCCCAAGGCCGCCAUCAUGGUGAAGCGCACGGCCAGGAUUUUCCGCAUCUGGCUGGAGGACCUGCAGAUAGCCGCCCAGCAGGCUGUGGAUGCUGCCAACUCCCUCCUGUGCCGCCUCAUGCACGGCCCUCACCACCACCAGCAUCAGCACCAGCAGACGCAGCAGCAGCAGCAGCAGCAGCAGCAGCAGCAGCAGCACCACCACCACCACCACCACCAGGACAAGGAGCAGGCUGUGGACCAGCAGUCAGCAUGGGAGGAGGUGGAAGCAGACAUUGAGAUACCGCCAGUAGCUGCUGCAGCUGCUGCCGCUGGUGCUGGUGCAGGUGUUGCUGCAGCAGACAAGGAUGAGCUGUAG